AUGUCCCUGGACUGCAGCGCUGCGCAAGAGCGCAUCGUUGCAGCGACAGGGAAGCGAACCGGUCGGCGACCCGAGGCGAACCCGGGACGCGCACGCGACGAGAGCGCUGAACUUACGCCGCCUACGAGCUCAGAGAGCGGGCUCACAGGAGCCGCUUUAUCGCCUGCGCAGGUAGCCUAUGCGCUGGUUGACGUGGAGCGACAGUGCGUUGGCUGCUCGUGGCGGGCAGAGUGGACGGAGGCUGCGAACGAGAGCGCCUACCCGAGGUCGCUCCUGCGUUGGCCACCCAUACCAACGAGUGCGGUUUGUCGGGCGUGUCGACGAUUGCUUGAAGUCGGAAGGAACAAAUGGCUGCAUCCAGCAGAGGUACAACGCUUGGAAAUAAUUUCCCAGCUUCGCACAGUUGGUGUGUGCAGCUACUGUGAUCCGGUUCUAUUUUCGGCGUUAAGGCAUCGUCAUUGGCGAUUGCUCCGGCUCUCGCUGGGCCGUGGAGCACUUCCGACCCCGGAAGACCUUCGUUUGGAGCCGGUGACGCCACCUUCCGUAGCGGCUGAGUCCAUCCUCAGUGCUGCUGAACGACUGGCGGGGUCAGAGAGGGAGGGCGCUGCUGGAAUACAAGUACCGGAGCUAGAGAAUCCUUCGAUGAGGGAACCGUUGCUGGUAUCGAAAUCCGAGAGACUCCAGCAGCUCAACAAGUACCGUUCCUCAUCUGUGAUCCUUCCGAACGGAACCUCCCAAACGCCUCGAACGGAAUACCCGCUGGUAGCAUCCAAGUCGGCACCCGAAGCGUUAGCUUCGCACCCAGAUACUUACGCUCUAUCAAAGCGUCUUCAACAUUACGAUAUCUCUGAUUGCAUGGACGCGCUCAGAUGCAAAGCACCAGGUGCGGGAUACCAAACCGCAGAGAGCCUUGCAUCCUCGCCGCGAUCUGUCCGACAACUCGAGCGAGCCGAGUGCGCCUGUGGCGAUCGAGCGACCCGCUCGCUGCUGCCGGCUCUGCAUGUCGCACUAUCCCGGUACGGUGCUGAAGAGCUUCGGGAGCGACUGCGAGACGUGAACUUGCCGGAUCAUCUGCUGCGUGAGACCCAGAGCUGGACGAACUGCUUGCAAUUCCACGCCACGAUUACGCCGAGCUCACAGAUUUACGUUUCAAGUGCUUGCGUGAAGUGUUUCACACUCAUGUGCCACGCGCUUCAUAUCGACGAUGAGAGCUUGCUGAGUCUACCGAACGAGGUGCUGAAGCGCGCGAACGUUCAGCGCUUGCCUCCGAUCACGGAGCUGGAGCCUCGCGGCUCUGCGGAAUGCGUCCCAUCGAAUCAUCGUCAUGAAUCUGGCAUGCCGGGUCCAGGGAUGGAAGAUGGAAAGCUUGCGGCAGUGCCUGCAUUGUACUUGCCGGGGUUGCCGACGCUUCCUACGUCGAUGCUGACCAGUGAAUCCGCUGCGCGGCAAAACACGGCAGGCGAACAGACCGAACGAGGCUCACCACUGGUGAUUCGGAUGUUCUGCGGCGACGUGCAUAAGAGCUAUCGUAUCUGGAGUAAUCGACCUCUCCAGCGUAUGUUCAGAAGAUUUUUAUCGACCGAACUUGGCCUUGAUCCCGAACAGACAGCGGCUCGCUACCGUCGCUGGGAUGCUCGUUACCUCCAUCGCUCACCGCCGGUGCUGGCAGGUGCUACUCGCCAUCCACACUGUCGUGAAGUGUUCGCCUGGGACACACCGGCCAGCCUGCAACUGCAGAACCAUGACCUUAUUCAGUGCGAGCUGUUAGAUGUGGCUCCACAAUCAGCGGUCGGAGCAGAGCGAAGCCGAGAAUGA